AUGGAUCCCGUGCAGCCGUCUUCACCUGAGGCCUCCUCUGAUAACGAAGAUACAGCUGGAUUCCACAUAGAAUCCAUCUUCUUUCCUUAUUUCAGCCCACGUCCGGCCGACCGCUCUGUCUCAGAAGAAUUCCAGGAGUGGCUCGAUCAGAUGGUUGACGAGUUUAUUCCACCAGUGUCUCUGCUGUCCUUGGACAAAAGGUCGCCUGCAGGACGCACCCCGGAGGAGGACAAGACGGUCUCUGACCCCCUGUGUCCCGAGACUUACGCAAAAACUACCCAACUGACUUCUGCUCUGGAUCCUCCGGGGACAGAUGAUCCAAACCACGACAGACAAACUUCCCCUCCGAGUGAGGAAACAGAUGAACUGCAGCUGAGCGACGCCUCGACCAGUCGUUGUCACCACAGUUUUAGGUUGUCGAAACAUUUCCACCUUCUAAAUUUGGAUUUGGAGACUGCGGACAAUAACGUAUCAGCACUCUUAUUUACUGUUGAGGACAGUGAUGAAGGGUCAACACAGGACCCUCCAGCUCUGAGUGUCCAGUUAGAGGAGUGUGAGGAACGUCAUAGCCCUGAAAACAUAAACCCACGGUCCUCCAGCCUUAAAGACGUGACCCACCCACCCACAGAUGACCUUCAGGACGCAGUGGCUACUACUUCGUCUUCGGUGGAAAAUCCCCAUCCAGACUCCAGCGAUGCCAGUGAUUCGUCAGACUCGGUGUUUGAAAAACAGAUAUUAAAGACACUGAGGUGUUUGUGGAGUAUUUCACAAUCAGUGUCACGGCAACUUUCCUCUAAACGUGGAACGAGAGCGGCCAAGAAAUGUAAGAAUCUCAAGGCCGGUGCUUGGGAAACGGGAGGACUCAGGAGGUCUCUCAGAAACAGACCCUGCAGGAGGUCUCUCAGAGUCUGCAGGUUUCCUUCAAAGUACAAAGACUUUAUCGUGUUCAAAGACAAGAAAUAA